AUGGCCACUAUUAACCCGGUGCCUGCAGCAUCUGCUCAGCUCCCUAGCGAGUUCAAAACUGAGUACCAUCCUCGCUCUGGUCGCCAGACGCUCUUCCAACCUUUUGAUCAAUUCGGCAUCUCCCCAGAGGCGCAGGAUGCACCUAUUGUUGACAAGGAACCAUGGCGUCCUUUCAGAUCGCGUGGGGACUUCGAAUUUUCCGAGAUCGCAAUCGAAGCUGCCCUUAAUAAGUCUCAAAUCAACGCACUCCUCAAUCUCAUCACGCGGAUAUCUGAAGGCCAUGCCCAGAUCACUUUGAAGAAUGAAUCCGAUCUCUCAAAGGCAUGGGAUAAUGCCGCAGCUGAAUUAACACCAUUCUCAAAACACAACGUUGCUGUGACAUACAAGAAGAAUGAGCAAGUGUAUGAAGUUCAUGCCCGGCCUAUCUGGGACUGGGCACUUGAUUUAUUGGAUAACCCAUUGCUUGCACCUCACUUUGUCUGGGAUGCGUGUCGUGUUUACAAACACAAUGACGCGCAGUUCGAGCGUUUCUUCAACGAACCGUGGACUGGAGAUAGGUGGUGGGAUAUUCAAUCUUCUCUUCCUGAUGUCGACGGCGCUGUCCUGUUUUGUUUCAUUUUGUAUGCUGACAAGACAAAGUUAUCAUCCUUUGGUACCGUCAAAGGCUACCCAGUCGUGGUACGAUGCGCGAACUUACCUACGCAUAUUCGGAAUGGUGAGGUGUUUGGUGGUGGCCGUGUUGUCGGAUGGCUGCCUAUCGUUCCUGAGGAUGCAGGUGAAGAAGGCAAGCUAGGCUAUACAACGCUGAAACGCGUUGUGUGGCAUGAAUCAUUCAAGAAACUCCUGGAACAUGCCACACAGUACUCGAAGACCGGCUAUUCGCACAAGAGCCACAACGACAUUUUGCGAUGGCUAUUUCCUGUCAUAUUAAUUCUUUCAGCUGACUACGAAGAACAAUCCGUUGAAGAAGCAAUGGAAGCGCUUCGUGUCUAUAAGCGCAGCAAAGCUCAAGGUGAGGAGCUACUGAAAGCUCUUGGAUUGCGGCCUGUUGAGAAUAUCUUUUGGAUCAUAUGGUAUUCGGAUCCACAUGAUGCGCUCAGCUUCGAUCGAUUACACUCACUGCAUGGCGGCCUUUGGAAGCACUUUCUUGGUGAACUGAAGAAAAUCCUCGCAUCGCUUGGACGCGAAGCCGAGGCAGCAUUUGAGAAGCUGAUUGAUGACUUCCCUCGAUGGCGUAACCUCAACCACUUCAAAUCUGCUAUCAAUAUCUCGUUUUCCGAUGGAAACAAAUUCCAGGACCUAUCUAAACAAACCUUAUAUGCAUGUUUGAAUCUUCUGACCCCCAGAACCUCCCCAGAGGGCCACCAGCUACUUCGUGUCAUCAGCACUUAUCUCCAGCUGGAUAGUUUGAUCGGCCUCGAUGUACAUACUGAGGGCACACUUGCGGCAAUCGAAGCCGAACUCCUGAUUUUUGAUACGGAACUCAAGGCCUAUAUUACAUGCGCCGAAUCAUCCGACAUCGAGAAAUUGAAGGUCGACUGGAAUUUUCCAAAGACUCACUUAUGGAAGCACGUUGUUCGCGAUAUCCGACGCAAAGGAGCAGCGCGUAAUUACAGUACACGUCCCAACAAAAAGCUGCAUGGCCCCCUCAAGGACACCUACCACCAUCGAACAAACAGAAAGGAUGUUGCCGGGCAGGUAAGUCUGCAAUCCUUCGUGUCGAACCACCACAAAUUUGCCCUGAUGCUCUUGAGGGAACCACUUGGAAAUAAUCUUCCUGAUGAAGACGACGUUGCUGUUGCCUUCAGUGGUCACGUGAAGCUAGGCGCACCCACACAGAAUCCUUCGUCAAUCCUUGAUCUUGAGAACCGCAGUGCAAUUCAUGAAUACCGCUAUCUCAAGGUCAAUUACGAGUCAAUGGUUGACUGGAAGCAAACCACUGAUCACCUCCGGUGCAACCCGCAAUUCCAUGGGUUGCCGCGGUUCGACCAUGCCCUUAUACAGCUUACAGCAGAUGAAACGAUCUUUGUUCGACUGAUACUCUUAUUUAGAUGCUCUAUCUUGAACCUUGGGUCCUUCGACUUUGCACUCGUUCAGCCUUACACUGCGAGAAUCAAUGGUUCUCGCAGAAUGGACCGUUUCUUCAAGCUCACUCGUGUGAAGGCCCUCCCUAGGGCGUCUUCAAUAUUCAUCCCACUCAGUUCUUUCAUUCGAGGCGCUGUUUUGGUCCCCGACGCUGAUCAUCAAGAUGAACACCUCGUUGUUGACCACCUUGAUAGUGAUAUGUUUCUUCAAAUGAGGGCCCGGGCACGGUAA